AUGGACUUCUUCUUCUGCAUCCCCAUCAUGUUCGGCUGCCCCAGCAAGAUCAAGCAGGAGGGCGAUGGCACGCCACACAUCUGCCCGCGCUGCCACAACGCCCAGGUGGUGCGCGCCAAGCGCAGCAAGCGCUUUGAGCUCUGCUGGAUCCCGCUCAUUCCUCUCGGCAAGAAGCAUCUCUUCUUCUGCUCCAUCUGCCAAUGGUCCGCGCCCGUCGACGGCGGCUUCCAACCACAAGUGGCGGGCGGAGGCUAUGCGCACCCUGGCGCGCCGGGCGGCGGGUAUGGAGGAUAUCCGCAGGGGCAGAUGCAGGGCUACCCGCCGAAGUGA